AUGGCGAUAUGGCCAUUUGGUCGGAGCAAUAAGGCCAAGCGGCAUACCAUCCAAGUGAGUCCGGAUGAAGCCGCUGCCUUGCAGUCAUCCAUCGCGAAUGACCCGCUAGCUGCUGCCGCCGCCGUUGGUAUCGAACCCACGUUGGGCCGCAAACCUUCCCUCCGGCCCUCCAAGCGUCAAAACAACAAUCGUCUGUCACGAACCGGUGAAGAGGUCGCUAGCUUAAAUGCUGGCCCUACUCGUUCCUCGUCCCAGCGACAACGUCCCCUAUCAUUAGCCGAACGUCGAUUAUCACAAAUGAGUUCUGACCGCGCCGACCCCGAUGUCCCCCAGCGGACCGAAUCGUUAUUGCGGAGCAAGAACCAAAAUGGCCCCAAUAAACUCCGACGGCGUCUUAGCAAGCGUAAGGCGCACGAGAUCAUGCGUGAGCGUGAAAUUCGCAUGCUGUCCUCCACACCGAUCGACAUCCCGCGUCGAACAGGUCAACCUGACUACAAUAUGAUGGAUCACCGGCGCCGGAAGCAGCCUGGAGGCCGACUCGCCCGCUACCAGUCGGAUGUCAGCUUAUCUAUUCGAGACUCUGCGGCGUCGUCCAUGUCAGAUUUAACAGAUCCCUACACCUUCAAAGUCAACGCGUUCGCGGCGUUGACCCCUCGACCCGUGGUUCGUUACGUCGAAGCGCCACGGGCUCCCACGGCUCGAAGCAGCAACCCACCCAAAGAUCGACUACAGAACCUUACCACAUCGGAGGAGGAUCUUUAUUAUUCUAAGCGGCGAGUAAAUGAGUUGGCCGAUUCGCUGGAUGCUAACACGCUGCGGGAGUUGAUGGACCGAGAUCGUCGUCGUCGGGAAAAGAAGCAAAUUGAUGAUCAGGAGAGGCUACGACGAAAGUUACAAGAAAGAGCCGACGCACAACAAGCGCAGGAGGCACGCGAGGCUGAGGAAGCUGUGGCUGCUGCCGCUGCUGCCGCUGCUGCGAGCGAGGCCGCCCUCGCUGAAGACCCUCAACCGGCCAUGGAGGAUAUUGCGGAGGUUCACAUUGACGAAGAAGAGGAUGAAUCAAAAGCAGAUGCUGCCACCGGGGCCGACACGAUCGAAGAUAGUGUUCCGGUCGUUGAAAACACUGGCGAACCCUCCAUCCGUGAACAUAGGCUGGCGGCACGCUCGAGCUUUGCUCCCUCACACGAGAUGGGUAUGUCCCGAACAACACUUUCGCCCUCCCACUCGUCCGUCCGCCACGGCAUCAGUAGCCCCAGCCAUUCUCAAACCUUUGGAGUGGGUUCGAAUUCUGACCUCUCAGAACGUCGAUUAUCUGAUACCAGCGGGCGCCGUGGAAACACCAUCACACACCUGUUCCGUCGUGGCUCUUCUCGCCUCAAGCGUCGUUACCGGGAGCAUUUCCAGGAUUCUGCACCAUUGGCAUCCAAUCCUUCGAAUGAAUCUUUCUACAGAAUCCAGACCCAGUCUUCCCCUCCUCCAGCAUCUUUAAUCACCCCUCGCGCAUUCAUUGCCACGGGCACCGUCAAACGCGCCCAAUCCAAAUUCACCGAGCACUUUGGCGACGAGCCAAUGUCUCCCCCGGACUCGCGUUUGCAGUCUCCCGAUAUCCCCGAAGAGGUACCCGAAUCCUCACUGGAGCACGACCAGGAUACCUUUCUACAAGGCCCCACCCCGAGUGCCAGUAUGGAUAUCGUCAACCCUCGUCGACGCCACCACCUGUCGUUGGCUGAAAGCUUCGAUGCCGAUUGCGACAACGUGCCACUUUCCCAGUCCCUGGCCUCUAUCGACUCAGAAGGCUCGUGGAUGUCUGGGCAGUUCUUCCGCCGAAUGCACCAGAAACCCAGCAGCCCCGUCCGUACCACAAUGAAUUCCUUCGGUCCCUCCAACCUAGAUGACACCGAGAUGUUCGAUGAAGCACGCGAGUCUAUCGACUCGCGCUGUAACGUGAUGGGCGAGCCAGAUCUUGAUAAUGAACUGGUCAGCACGAAGCCCGACACAGCGGACGAAAUGUGGCACAGCGAGGUCGGUCGCCGGCCUGUUCUUGUCAACCCGGUAUCUCGACCAAAAUCUAAUCAGGGGGCACUGCGAUGCAUCCCCUCUUUGGCGCCAAUAUCAGGCGAAGAGGACUAUAGCCCCGUGAGCCCUAUGGAGGAAGAGAACCUUGAGAAUCUCCCCCGACGUGUGGUCAGUGUCCACGGCAUAAUCGACCAUGUUUAA